AUGGAUCUGAUAUUAGGUGUAGAGUUCUAUACGGAUCUCAUGCUAGGUGUAGAGUGUGUCUGUGAUCUGCAACGUACGGAGUCGGGGCUCCCAGAGAACGUCACGUUCAUCCAUAAUGCCUUCUCCGGCUUCGGAAAGCGAGCGACAGAACCAGGUUUCCUCGGCUGUGCCGACCUCCUGUCUGAGGAUGUGGAGUACGAGGGCAUCACUGUGUUGGACACGGAGGUGGAGAAUGUGGAGCAAUGUCAGCGGAUGUGUACCAGCGACGCUCUGUGCCAGUUCUUCACGGUCCUCCCUAGAGAUUCUAGCAUGGCCCAUGGCAUGAGCCUUUGCCGCUUGAAGAACGCUGCCGCCAAUAUUCCCACCACAGUGACGCCUCUGAAGGACGUUGUCUCCGGAUUCGCUCUGCAGUAUAACACCGCGCAGAAAAACCUACAGAACUGCACCUUUCUCCUCUAUCCCGAUCUGGGGUUUUCCGGUGUGGUCCUCAAACAGAUAUCUGCUGUGGAUGCCGAGAGUUGUCGCUCCUCCUGCACUGAGAACCCAGAUUGCUCGUACUUCUCCUUCUCCUGGGAUGAGACAGAAAACAGCUUCAUCUGCUCCCUUCAGGAAGCCUCCUCCGGGAUCCCCAUUGACGUCUAUUCAGCACCAAACGUAACAUCGGGCUUCAGUCUGGACGUAGGAGGUUCCUUGGACUGCUCAUCUCUCCUCCUCCCAAAUACCACAUUUUACGGGUCGCUCAUCGGAUACAUGAUGGCCCCAGAUGUAUACCAGUGCCAGCGCCUGUGUACCCAGAAUCCUCCUUGUCAGUUCUUCACCCAUCUUGGUGCAAACUGGGACAUGGAUGAACACAGGUUCUACUGUUUCCUCCAGAGUGGUGAUCAAGGCGAACCCAACAAUAUUAUCCACCUUCCCAACAGCACCUCCGGCUUCUCCAAGCCUCUCUCCGGUAUUUACAGAGAAUGUAUCCUUGAUGAGUACGAUGGUCUAAAUUUUCCCGGGACUGAUGAACGCAGUCUGAAGGCCACUUCCUAUGAAGACUGUCAAUCAACGUGCACCAAGGACCCCCUCUGCCAGUUCUUUACUUUUUUCACUGAGCCAAACAUCCUGCCUGACCAGACGGACACUUGCUAUCUGAAGAGUCUGUUGUCCAUCCCGUUACCCCAGAUCAUAAAAUCUGCACCGGGAGUUGUGUCUGGAUUCGCACAGAAGAACUGUAAAGGUUCUCCAUCAGAUUCUCCACCAAGCGUCCUGCCAUCGUGCUAAUCCAGAACAGUGCAGUGAUGGCGGCCAACUAACCGCAACCCACCAAUCUACGGAUCACCUCAUCUGCUAUAAUAAAUCAUCGCUA